UCUUCGGCGCUAUAUACAAGUAUUAAUAAGGAAUAAAUCAUGCAUUGUAACGCAAGCGUUAAACUAUCGUGGGUGGCAUUGCUCCUGUUGAUACUGUUUAAAACGGGAUGUACGCAGAUGCGUCGCACGAUAACUGUGCCCAACAGAAAGGGAGCGGAGCUGAAACAGCAAUCUAUGAUGGCCGCCCUUACAGCUAAUAAUGAUCAACUGAUGCCCAGUUUCCCAAAACUUACUGCGAUUGAGCGCAGAGCAUUGGCGAAAAUCUGUCAGAAGAAGGGCAUGCGUUGCAGAUUUGCUGAGGAAUGCUGCAGCAAUGUUUGCCUCAAGCUAACAAGACGAUGUGUGCACUAAAAUCAAGUUAUGGACAAAGUAAUAACAAAAUAAACAUUGGAUAUUUGGAAUUACACUGAAUAAAUCUAUAUGUAUUGACACUUUAAA